AUGUAUGGUCAAAUGGUACAAAGGCGGAACCUGCCGCCGAGAGCUCAGCCGUCUCAGUUUAUAUUACCCGCAACUCCACCGAUUGUACAAACACAAGAAAACGAUAGGGAUACGGUCCUGGUCCUGCACUACCCAGAUUCCCCCCUCUGCAUCACACCUGAUGAAAAUGAGUAUGCAUACUAUGUUUUCGACGAUCUCAGACACGAACGUAACCAAAGUUCCGAGGAUGCUAUAAGGCGAGAGUGUGCUGGGUGGCAAGAAGUUGCUCUCUUGGAUUCAUAUCCGGCGAGUCUCAAGAGGGAAGCCUAUAUGCUGGUUUCAUCGAACAGGCUUCAAUCGGUGUCGAAGCAUUUUGAACGUCAAUUCUCUCGUUGCCUACAAACUCUGGACGUUAGCAACCAAUGUGAAAGCGGCUUGGGAGAUACGAGAAAGAUAUUGAACGCCGUCCCGGCCUGUGGAUGGGAUGAGAGAGCGAUGAAGCUUCUCAUGGAGGCGAUACACACAGAAGAUGUCAGCUUUCCUGAGAUUUCGAACAGGUUACCCCCAUCCCAAAAUGACCUUCAUACGGAUUUCGAAUUAGCUCUGAUGCUAGACUAUUAUGGAUGCCAUCACGAGCUGAGGAAAAGGAUAGCCCCUCUUACCUUGACCUUGGGGGAAGAACGCCCCCGCGAAGUGGAAAUGUCCCAUUCCCUCAGGAAAUAUGCGACAAUUGCUUGUGUUUUCAAGGAUGAGGAUCUAGUCGAGAAGGUGUUUUACACACUCGUCCACGAUAGCAAUUCCCCUUUCGAUCCGUACAACCUGCCGGUCAGCACCAUGUUUUUGGAUGUCGUCGAGCAUACUCGGCACAGGCUUUUUUCUGUGCUACUCAAGACCUUGAGGUAUCUGCGAGAUCGGGCUCACCGUGACCCCAUUAACCCUUUCUGUAACACAGCCUGCGCGGCGUCUUUUCUCAGAGCUCUCCAAGCAUACGAAAAUGGAUGUCCGGAAAUGUCCAUUUUAUCGUCCAGUGGCAAGAGUCUUUCCUUGUUCAGAAGCUACAGGUCAACGCGGCGCCUGGUUGACGCUGAGGCCCGGUGCGAGGGACGAGGGAAGAGGUGUGCGCUCUACAAAUGCUUGGGAUUGGUUCGCGAUAAAUGCGACAAGCUGAUCUCCAGUGCCUCCGAGCGCGCAGUAGCUGAAAUCUCCGAGGAGAGGGACUCGUGGGUUGAUCCAUUCGAGGAUUAG